GCUGCCGGAAAAUGGCGUUGCAAAGAAAGAAAGACGGCUCUCCGAACGUUAAGUUUUUCGAAGCCGUAGAGACAAUAGCACAAUUUGAUUCAGUCAGAACUUGGUUAAACAAAAACCACAAAAAGUAUAUCCAGGCAGAUCCACCUACAAAUAAAAGUUUAUCAAGUCUUGUCAUCCAGUUGUUACAGUUCCAGGAAGAAACAUUUGGCAAACAUGUCAAAAAUCCAGCAAUAACCAAAUUACCUAUGAAAUGUUUCCUUGACUUUAAAGCUGGUGGAUCUUUAUGUCAUAUUAUAGCAGCUGUGUAUAAGUUUAAAAGUGAUCAAGGAUGGAGACGAUUCGAUUUCCAAUCUCCAUCCAGAAUGGAGAGAAAUGUGGAGAUGUUUCUACAGAUAGAAAGGUCAUUGGUGGCCAACAAAUGUCUGACAAUGCCAUGUAUUUUCAUGAGUCCAGAAUUAGACAAACAAUUGACAGGAAGACUGAAAGACAUUGCCAAACGUCAUCAGGGGAGUGUCACAGAUGAUGAAGAUGAUGCCACCCACAUUGUGAAUCCUGUCACAGAAGAUCCUUCAGAGGAGGAAUAUGUUCGUCUUGUUUCAAAGAGAGAUAAAUAUGCCAUGGUCCAUUGGAUAAACUUUCCUGACAGUUAUGAUACUUGGGUGGCUGAUCUGAACUUGGAUGUAGAACCAGAACCAAUACAACAUCACGGUGGUAGUUGGGAGGUAACAGCAAAGUGGUUGUUAGAUCUGGAAGAAUACAACGAGUGGAUGAAUGAAGAAGAUUAUCUUAUGGAGGAAGAGUAUGAAUCUAAAAAAGGAAAGAAACCUAAAAGUGUUAGGAUGACAGUUGAUGAGAUGCUGGCCAACAAUGAUUCAGAAAAGAAAGACAAGAAGGAUAAGAAGAGUAAACGUAAGAGAUCACCAUCUCCUCCACCUGUUACAGAGAAGUUAAAAAAGAGAAAGAGUGGUAGGAACUCCACAGCUCCAGGUUCCUCCAGUAAGAGACGUUCAAACCGUGACGAGGACGAAGACGACCUGACUAAAGAGAUGGACGAUCCUUCUCCUGAGACAAAUAUUACUGAAGUACAACUCUCUAAACAAUGGUCCAAUAAAUAUCUAAGUUUCCUGCAAGGGCGUGGUCAAAACUCCCAAAAGUCGAACCAGCCCAAUGCCAGCAGAACUCAGAAGGACAGUGAAAAUCAACCAAUCAAAGGAGGAACCAUGAUAGAUUUAGAUGAGGAAUCAGUGGAUAAGUUUGUAGAUGAAGGAAGAGCAGAGGAGGAAGUUGAAGAGACCAAAGUUGAGGAUGACGAUGAUAAUGUGACGGAACAGACCCACCAUAUUGUUGUACCAAGUUAUGCUUCUUGGUUUGAUUAUAAUGCUAUACAUGCCAUAGAGAAACGAGCCUUACCAGAAUUCUUCAAUGGAAGAAAUAAAUCUAAAACUCCUGAAAUAUUAGUAGCAUACAGAAACUUCAUGAUAGAUACAUACAGACUUAAUCCAACAGAAUACCUUACCAGUACUGCCUGUCGUAGAAACUUAGCUGGAGACGUUUGUGCAAUAACUCGAGUGCAUGCUUUCCUAGAGCAAUGGGGACUUCUUAAUUAUCAAGUGGAUGCUGAAAACAGACCAUCAUCAAUGGGACCACCACCCACAUCACAUUUUCACAUCAUGGCAGACACACCAUCUGGUUUACAACCUGUCAAUCCACCAAAGAUCAAUCAGCCAUCAGCAGCUAAACAGAUUGUAAACUUUGAUGAUAAAGAGAAUGGUCGGGAGUACGAUGAGAGGAAAGAGUUAUCUAACUUUAGUCUUAGAAUGGACCAGUACAGUAAAAAGGCUCUAAAGGAUAAAGGAGCAGCAACACGUUCCCGUGAAUGGACCGACCAGGAGACUCUUUUGUUAUUAGAGGCCUUGGAGAUGUAUAAAGAUGACUGGAAUAAAGUCAGUGAACAUGUUGGCAGUCGGACACAAGAUGAAUGUAUACUUCAUUUCCUUAGACUGCCUAUAGAAGAUCCGUUCAUGGAAGAAGACUUUGGUCAUUUAGGUCCAUUAGCAUACCAGCCUGUACCAUUUUCACAAAGUGGUAACCCUAUUAUGUCAACAGUAGCUUUCUUAGCCUCAGUUGUGGAUCCGAGAAUAGCAUCAUCUGCAGCUAAAGCAGCUUUAGAACAAUUUUCUAAGAUGAAGGACGAAGUACCUCCUGCUUUAGUAGAUGCCCAUGUGAAGACUGUUGAAGAAGCAGUUAAAGAAGGGAAAGAUGUGGACCAGAACUUUGGUCUUGAGAAAAGUGGUAUUGCUGGAACUGCUCCAGAAAAAGAGGAAGAGGAAGCAGAUAAGGACAAGGAAGGAAAAUCAGAAGAAAAGAAAGAUGAAAGUAAAGAGGAAGGAAAAGAGAAAGAUAAGUCUGAAGAAUCCAUGGAAACAGACCAGGAAAAACUAGAUGACAAAUCAGAAGAAAAGAAAGAAAAAGAAGAGGAAGGCAGGAAAGAGGAAAAACCAGAAAAGGAAGAGACCAAAGCAGAAGGAGAACAAGAGAAGAAAACAGAUAGUGACGUAAAGACAGAGGAUAAAGAAGAAGAAAAUAAAGAAAAAACUGAAGUUGUUGCUUGGAAACCAGAUGGGAAUAUUGCAACUGCUGCUGCAGCAGCACUUUCAUCAGCUGCUGUGAAAGCUAAGCAUCUUGCAGCUGUUGAAGAAAGGAAAAUUAAAAGUUUAGUUGCCCUGUUGGUAGAAACACAGAUGAAAAAGUUAGAAAUCAAGCUACGACACUUUGAAGAGUUAGAAACUAUAAUGGACAGGGAAAGAGAUGCUCUUGAGUACCAAAGACAGCAGUUGUUACAAGAGAGACAACAGUUCCACAUGGAACAAAUCAAGGCUGCUGAACACAGAGCAAGACAGAUGGCCAUGCAACAGUUAGUCACAGAACAGAGAAGUCAAGGUUCAACAUCAGAUCAACCAGGUUCACCAGCUCCAUCCCCUUUACCUGCAGCUUCAGCCAGCUUAGCAGCAGCAGUUAAUUAUCCAAUGACAGGCUCGCCUAUGGCUCCAAUGCCUCCACCUGGUCCUCAGGCAGCACAACAGGCAUCACAAGAAUCUCCAGCACCUCCUACAUCAGCAUCACCAGCCCCUCUCAUGUCCGCACCAUCAGAUCCACCCACCCAACCUCAGACACAGAAUGUACCUCUACCAGCUUCAGUAGGAAAUACAGAUGUACCGCCAGAAGGACUUUCUCAGAAACCUGAAGAAAUGCAGCUAGAACAGCCUGAACCAAUGGCAGUUGACUCACAGCCUCAACCAUUACCAUCAUCAUCAUCAUCAUAGAUUAUCUCCCUUUGUGUUCCUCUUAAAUUUGAACUGGAAACAAAGAAUUUUAUUGCUGAGAUCUGACCAUUAUAAUUCAUUCAUUUCAUCAUGUCAUUUUGACCAUGCUCAUAGCUCAUAUCAUAUCAGACAUCCAGUGAAGCAUUUAUUUUAUCAACUUGGAUUUUCAAUGGAGAGAUGUUCAGGCUUAAUGUGAUCUUUAAUAGGAUUACAGGUGUCAAGAAUCGUAUAAAUGAAUGACCAUGCUAUGAAUGAUCUAGGAAAAAUGUUUUCAGAAGAACAAUCCAAUUUAAAUGACAUGAAAUAGUAGUGAGAAUUCAUUGAAAUAUAAAAUGAUCAAUUAGUCCUAAUGUUGUGCACAUUGUGUUUUAUGUCAUUGUAAAUGUUUGGUGCUGCAUCAUAAUGUAAAUACAUCAAUAUAAUCAUUAAAAACAUGAAAACAAACUUCAUUUUACAACUUUUCACACAUUUGUAUACUUUAUAUUAAUAAUAAUAUUGUUUGCUUUAAAGUUUAUAUAUAUGAAAUGUUGCCAUUGAUUUUCAAACUUGAUGCAAAUUUUACAACAUUCAUAUUAAUUUAAUAAAAUUUUAGAAUGAGAACAAAUAGUAGGAGAAAAUUAAGAAUCAACUGGCUUGUCAUCAUGAAUUGUUUUUAUUUGUAAGAUUUGGGCAAUUUAAUGAAAAAGAAAUGAAUUCCCCUAUUAACCUUACAUUAAAACAUUUCUCUGAAAGGAUAGUGAAAGGCAUUAUGUCAUUUUAGUUUCUAGUAAUUUUUUCUGGGCUCUAGGUCAUAAAACUUUACUCAGUACUCGGAGUACAAAAUUUGUGCUAUAAACACCAAAUCCAGGAUUUUGAUUGGUUGAUUUUUGAGUCUGAGUAAGAAAAUCGUGCUCGAAAGUUUUAUGACCGCAAGGCCAGAUCUCUUGGCCACAAAUAGAGAGCUAUUGGCAAUAUACAGGUCUAAGUAUUUUUUUUGGGGGGGGGGGGGGGGGGGGAUGUGUCAUUAAAUACAAGAUGGUGAUUGGUAAGGUCUUUGUACCAGGUAUGAAAUAUGAGCUGGGACCCAGUAAGCCACUGUCCUUAAGAUAUGACCUUGGCUACUGAUAUUUUUUUUUUAUUUUUUGCAUUGUUAUACAGCAGUGGACUCAAUGAUAAAAGCUUGGCUAGUAUAAGAGUAGUAGAACUGAACAUUUUCAUUUCUUUUCUACAAACCCAGUUCUACUCUCUGCAAAAUGCCUUGAAAACUUCUACUUGAUCAUUGGAAAUGCAGAAAUUAAUACAUUUGAUAUUUGGAUGCAUGAUCAGAUGUAAAUUCAUGAUGUUUAACUGAUGUGAAAAAAAUGCAACUGAGUUUAGACAACUCCAUUUACAAUUGGCAUUUUCACUCACUUUAACCUAAAAGCAAAAUACAAUUUUGUGAUAUUCAAGUCUUGGAACUUAAGUGAUUUUAUAGUUGUCACCUCUAUAAAGUACAUUUUAUUACAUUGUACUUUUUUAAGUCUUAAAUAUGAAUAUGUGUUGUAUAGUAAUGUAGUGUAAACACUGAUUAAAAAGUGAAAAAAUAAAUUUUGAUAGAUAA